AUAUGUAUGUAAUAUUUAAAAAAAUUAAGCAUUGAAAGUAAAAACACGUGGUUUACAGGGAAUAUUUAUUGGUCUGGUGCAGUGUCAGCUCAGCUAACCGGCAGACAUGGAAGUGGUAUCAGUCGUCUCCUCUCAGCAUUAUAAACAAUUGAACCAAUCCUUUGAAGUACACCCUUAACAUUGCAUUGUCCUUUGCUAUGUGUUGGCUUCUGCUCCUGCAACCGAAGACAUACAAGGUGUUUUAUACAGUUCCACUUCAUCUUGUGUUCGUUCCACUUUAACCAGCUGUCGUCUGUUAUUUUACAGUGUACGAGGCAGGAAAAGCAGUGAAGAAAGGCGGUAUGCCAAUGAGUCAAUAUGCCCCCACCCUCUAUGCUCCCAGUAUGUAUGCUCAGCCAGCAUACGGUGGCCCGCUUAACCAUCCUGGUAUGCCCAUGCUUCCUCUACCCAACGGAUCCGGACCGCCACCUCCCCAGAAUAGUUACGGCCGUGACUAUGAUGGCGCCAGCUCGGUUGGACAGGGCUCCCAGGUGCCUCUGCUGCAUGAUCAAGAUGGGGGAGUGGACCACACUCGCAGUGGGUAUCGUAUCCAGGUGGAUCCCGAUGGGAACGCCACGCGAGCCAUUUACUACAUGGAGCGGGAGCUGGCCAACAUGGACCCUUCCAGACCCGGCAACUACAACCGCCUGGAUAAUAUGACCGAAGUCAGUUCCCUGCAUGACAGUGUGGAGGCUCGAGGCCGCGGGGGUCGUUCCCAGCCGCCACCUCUGGCCACCGUCUACGACAGGGACGAAGCCAUGAGCACCAUCAGCAGUGUGUCCCAGCAAGGCCACCGCCGCGACGACAACCCGCGUCACGGUGGAGGGUACAUGGGGGAUCGUGUACGCGCUCGCUCCAUGGACAACCUCGACGACAUCGGACGGCGCCACGGCCGAGAUGACUACCAACCACAAAGGCGCCCGGAUGAGUUCCGAGGCAGGAGAGGCUCUGAUGACGGGUGGAGCAGUAGCGCCCGCAGCGGCAACAGCCGCGAUGACCGCAGGCGCCGUGAGCCCUCCCCCGAUGACCGCCGGAGAGGAGAUGGAGGGGGCUACGGGGGCAUGCCGGGGAGACGCAGCCGCAGCCGCGACGACCUGAUGGACCUGGAGAGGGAUCGCCAGCAUGGCGGCGACACCAGGGGCCGGCGAGAUGAUUAUGACGACAGCAUCCUGCGAGAAGCCAUGGAGAGGAAGAGGAUGGGCCAGCAGCAGAGGGCACGCAGCCGGGAGCACCUGGACAGCGAGAGCGACCGCUCGGAUUGGGGGAGGGCUCCACGUGGGCCCCCACCACUUCCUCAUGUCCCGCCCUCCGGAAACCCCGGUCGCCGUGAUGACUACCCACCUCCUGUACCACCACCGUACAGUGAAGACGAAAGUGUGUCAUCUUCAAAGAAAAGCAACCUCCGCAAGAAUGGAGCUGUGAGUCGGGAGAGCCUGGUGGUGUGAAACCAACCAUGACGUGAGCAGCCUGUCCAGUAAUGCAGCUCUGGACCAGUUCAAAGUUAAAGACUGUAAAUAUUAGUCACACUGCUAAUACGCUGUGCUGAUUUUUUGAUUUUUUUUUUUUUAUUGCAUAAUUUACAGUAAAUUUGUUCAGAGUUGACGCUGAAUGUGUAUGUAUACUUCUCUAAACAGUGAAGAGGUGCACAGAUGAAAUAUUUUGUGUCUGUUCAUGUAUGAAACUUUGUGGCUGCCACAAGUGCCUUUUAGAGUGUACAGAAUGUUACUUGUAGAUGUGAAAGUCAAGUUGUUAAAUGAUUCUCUGUGAAGGUGUUUACAUCUUGACGAGUAAGCAUUUUCUGAUUGGUUUAAACUUUUUUUUUUUUUUUUUUAUAGUUUCACCUUAUACAGGUACUGAUGUAGAUUUCUAGGGGUCUAUAGAUUCUUUUGGCUUUUUACUGAAGAAAACCUUUUUUGUUUUUAUAAGAAAAAACGUUGUACAUUUAAAGGAAUUUGUUUUAUCUUUGCAUUUAGUAACCUGGUGAACCAAAGUCUUGGUUAGAAUUUGUAUUUUAAUUCUCACAUUUAAUUUUUUUAAUUUUUUUUUUAAGCACAAUAUUUCAGUUUUAACUCUCUCAGUAUGUUGUACAGCCGACCAGUAAUACACUCUGAAAACGCAAAUGUUUACUGUGAAGUGAUGAAAGCAAAUUUUACAAUAAAAGUCCCUAUUGCCAG